AUGCAGGCACCGGUGGUGGUGAUGAACACCAAUGCUGGUGAAAGACAGGUUGGUCGGAAAGCGCAGUUGUCGAAUAUCGCCGCCGCAAAGACCGUCGCGGAUAUUAUUCGGUCAUGUCUUGGACCCAAGGCGAUGUUGAAGAUGCUUUUGGAUCCAAUGGGUGGUAUUGUUCUGACCAACGAUGGCCAUGCUAUUCUCCGAGAGAUUGAAGUGUCGCACCCCGCCGCAAAGAGCAUGAUUGAACUCAGUCGUACUCAAGAUGAGGAGGUCGGAGAUGGCACUACGACUGUUAUCAUUCUUGCCGGUGAAAUGCUUGCCCAGGCUCUUCCCCAACUAGAGCGUAACAUCCACCCUGUCGUUAUUAUCUCGGCUUUCAAGCGUGCGUUAGCGGAUGCUCUUGCCAUCGUGGAGGAAGUUUCGAUACCUGUGGAUAUCGAUGAUGAUAAGGCCAUGUACACUCUCAUCCAGUCAUCCAUUGGGACAAAGUUCGUUUCCAGGUGGUCGGAUCUUAUGUGCGGCCUGGCCUUGAAGGCUGUUCGAACGGUCUCCUUCGACGCGGGUGGUGGAAAGCGAGAAGUUGACAUCAAGCGAUAUGCUCGUAUCGAGAAGAUCCCCGGUGGUCAGAUCGAGGAUAGUGAGGUCAUCGACGGUGUGAUGGUCAACAAGGAUAUUACGCAUCCCAAGAUGCGGAGAAGAAUUGAGAACCCUCGUGUGAUCUUGCUUGAUUGCCCAUUGGAAUACAAGAAGGGUGAAUCUCAGACCAACAUUGAAAUUUCGAAGGAAGACGACUGGAAUCGCAUCUUGCAGAUUGAAGAAGAGCAAGUGAAGCACAUGUGCGAUGCUAUCUUGGCUCUGAAGCCGGACGUCGUCAUCACCGAAAAGGGUGUCUCGGACCUCGCUCAGCACUUCUUGGUGAAGGCCAACGUGACAGCCCUGCGCCGAGUGAGAAAGACGGACAACAACCGAAUUGCACGAGCAACUGGUGCAACGAUCGUGAAUCGCGUCGACGACCUCCAGGAAUCCGAUGUAGGAACCGGAUGCGGACUUUUUGAGAUCGAGAAGAUCGGCGAUGAGUAUUUCACUUUCCUCAGAAAGUGCGAGAAUCCCAAGGCCUGUACCAUUCUCCUGCGAGGCCCGUCAAAGGACAUUAUCAACGAGGUUGAGCGGAACCUGCAAGACGCCAUGUCGGUUGCUCGGAACGUCAUUUUCCACCCCCGACUUUCUCCUGGUGGUGGUGCCAUUGAGAUGGCCGUGUCCGUCCGAUUGAGCCAGCUGGCCAAGACCGUUGAGGGCGUCCAGCAGUGGCCGUAUAAGGCUGUGGCUGAUGCUAUGGAGGUCAUUCCACGAACGCUAGCGCAGAACGCUGGUGCCAGCCCUAUCCGUGUUCUUACACGUAUGAGGGCUAAGCACGUCGAAGGUGAGACUACAUGGGGUCUUGACGGUGACUCAGGUGCCCUGGUCGACAUGAAGGAGUAUGGUGUGUGGGAGCCUGAAGCGGUCAAGCUCCAGAGUAUUAAGACAGCCGUCGAGUCCGCAUGCUUGCUUCUCCGUGUCGAUGAUAUCUGCAGCGCAAAGUCUGCGCAGCAAGUGGGUGCCAACGCUGGUGGUGGCGAAGAUUAA